AUGCCCGGCCACCCCGGCAGUGACAAGGCACGGCAGAAGCGAUCGGUGUCCCCCCACUCCAACCUCCUUCCAGGGAAUCGCACCGAGCGCUGCUGCACCCGAGCCUCCCCGUCCCUGAGCGGUGCCCGCUUUGCCGGUACCACCCGCGGCCCCGGGCGGCUGUCGCGGCGCAGACAGCUCCCCUUCCUCCGUGGCUCUGCCUCCCCCGGUUCCGCCGCGGGCUGCGGCUCCUCCCGCGGGCGCGGCGGGGGCGGGCCCGGCCGGGGCCAUGCCGGGCGGCGGGGCCGUGCUGCGGCGGGCGCUGCUGGGAGCGCGGCGGGCGGCGGGCGGCGGCGGCAGCCCCGCGGCCAUGUCCUCCCAGUCUCACUGGUUGACGACAGAGGAAAGGAAUCAAGUUUUACUGGAUCUCAAGCUUCAGGCUGGUCUGAGCUGGGAGAAAGAGAUGCCAUCUACAAGGAGUUCAAUUUCAAAAAUUUUAAUCAGGCUUUUGGAUUUAUGACACGUGUUGCUCUGCAAGCAGAGAAGAUGAAUCACCACCCAGAAUGGUUUAAUGUCUACAGCAAGGUUCAGAUAACUCUGAUUUCCCAUGACUGCGGUGGGCUGACCAAGAGAGACGUGAAGCUGGCUCAGUUUAUUGACAAAGCUGCUGCCUCGGUUUAACCAGGAUAUAAAUGGCUUUAACAGAGUGUCCACAUAUAUUUUGUUUUUAAAUUGUAUCUCUCUUUCCUUGUAAUCCUGAUUUCCAAAACCCAUAGAGGGAAGAUACUUUGUAAAAGGAGUGGCUGUGCUUUUCUGACCUUCAGUACCUUAGCCUUGAGACCUCUUUUAAUGCCUGUGCUUGUCCUUUCCCAUUGUCCUUUCCCAUUCCCUGGUUCUGCAGGAGAAUGAAGUGGAUAAACCAGCAAUAAAUAAGCUUUGAACAAUCCUUUUUUAGAAACUAAACUGUGCUGGAAUGAAACCAGGAGGCCACCCAUGUGUGUUGGUGUUCCCCAAGCUCACAGGGACUGGUGGCAGCUGCCAUAGGAGCCUCCCCCCUGCUUGGCCACUUCCCUUCUAUGGCUUUGUACAUCUCUGCACUUCCAACAGUGUAAGAGCAGCCUGGCCAGGUCAGUCCCCUCUCACUUGGUACCAUCAUCUCUGCCAGUGACCAGUGACAAGUGCGAGGACGCUGGGGAGAGCAGUGCAAGCUGCUGCUGAUGUGUCCUUGGAGUUGCAGCUCAACUGGCAGGAACAGCUGUAUCCAGAGUCGCUGCUUGAGAGCCUUUCCCCGUCUCAGAGUAUAGAAUCGCAUAACCACAGAUGGGUUUGGGUUGGAAGGAGCCUUAAAGCUCAUCUCAUUUCAACCCCCUGCUGUGGGCAGGGUCAGCUUCCACUAGACCAGUUUGCUCCAAGCCUCAUCCAGGCUGGCUUGGACAUUCCCAGGUGCAGGACUGGAUCUUGGAGUUGCUGAAAACUUUGGCGCCGGUACCGCAAAUGCAGAAUGUCCCGGUGAGCUCCCAGCUCCCACAGCGUUAAAUGAAACCUGUGCUUGAGUGCUUGGCCAGGUCAGUGCUCAGCUCCCUGCAGGAUUGAGCCACUGCUGGUGUUGUAGUGCUCCAGUACCUGCUGGAUCAGGCUGGGGGUGGCUUGGCCAAGUGCCCGGAGCCCUGGCCAGGGCUGCCGGCGGUGAAGGAAGCGGCAUUAGCAGGAUUCUUGCUAAGCUGGGCUUGACUGAAGCUAUGCUCACCCCCUUUUUUUUUUUCAUAGCUAGAAUUACUCGUUGCAAACAUUGUUGCAGGAGUUGCAGAUCCCACUGACAACGUUUAAAAUAGUUCCUUCCGUGGUUUGAAUGUCUUUGUUUUUAUCCUAUGAUCCUCCCCGAGACAGAUUUCCAGUGCCGGCAGGGAGAUUUCAUCCUGCUUAAAGCUUGCAGGAGGGCCUCUCCCCCUGCAGUGCCCCUGCUGGGUGUCCCCAGCGUGCUCUGUCAUGCCCUGCCAGCAGCUCCGGGUGCGGCGCUGCCGGGAGAUUGACACCUCCCAAAUGCCGGAGUGCAUUGCUCAGAUGACACCGGCGGCACAGCCACCAGCUACCGAGAGGGGAGAAGCACCACUGCCAAAAUCUAUAUCGGGGCUCCGUGCGAGGUGUGUGGUCUGUCAGAUAUUUUGGGAUGCAAAAUGCCAUGAGCUGCCACCCAAGUGACUGAGUCGAUAAAAUGAGGAAGAUGUUUUUUGUAAAUCCUCAGCAAACACACGUCACGUGCUAAUUGGUCACACACAGGAAGCGAGAUGUUGGGGUUUAUUGUCAGUAACCCUGCUUGGGAUAUCAAGUUAAUUCCUAAAAAGACCCAAAUUCAGACUACGUGCUCAGCUGUUCUUUUCUCACAAGUGCCUUUCCCCAGUGAAGUGGAGGAUUUCCCUGAUAUGGUUUGAAAAUUGUCGCUGUUGUGAAGAGUGAAUAAAACUAAAACAAACAUCCAGGCUGUGAUGUCUCCUGUUAGUGGUGGGGAAGUGAAAUGAGCUUCACCCAAAGUUUUGACAACAUCUCUAAUGAAGUGUGUAAAGUCUGUUGUUCAGAACUGAUGUAUAACGCGUGGGCUUUGAAUAAAACCAAUAAAAUCAAA